UGAUAGUGCUGUCACGCUGGCCCAAUCACCGUCAAACACGAGUGGUUGAGACGCAGCGGUGUAUAAUCCCAGCGCUUUGCAAACUUCCCAGAGACAGUUGAUAUUUAUUUAUUAGUGUAGCAUUAUAAUAUUUUGCGAUGCAAGUGCUUUCGUUUUGUUUGCUGGUGCUGGUUAAUUUAUUACUGGGAAGUGUCUGUGUCGAUGCCGGAAGAGAUUUUUACCAAAUAUUGGAAGUGCCUCGAAGUGCGAGCAUAAAUGCAAUUAAGAAGGCAUACCGAAGGUUGGCCAAGGAGUGGCAUCCGGACAAGAAUAAAGACGAUCCCAAUGCUUCCGAAAAGUUUCAGGACCUCUCGGCUGCUUACGAGAUCCUCUCAGAUCCAGAGAAACGAGAAAUGUACAACAAGUGUGGUGAGGAGUGUGUGAAGAAGGACGGUAUGAUGAACAAUGCCGAUCCAUUUGCGAGUUUCUUCGGGGAUUUUGGCUUUCAUUUUGGUGGUGAAUCUCAGCAUCAGCAGGAAACACCCAAAGGGGCCAAUGUCAUCAUGGAUUUGUUUGUGACUCUUGAGGAGUUGUACAGUGGUAGUUUCGUAGAGAUAACUAGAAAUAAACUAGUGAUAAAGGCUGCCAAAGGUACCAGGAAAUGCAAUUGUAGACAAGAAUUAGUUACCCGUAAUUUAGGAAACGGAAGAUUACAAAUGAUUCAACAAGCGGUGUGUUCAGAUUGUCCCAAUGUCAAAUUAGUUAAUGAAGAGAGACUUCUCGAAGUUGAGGUGGAGCCAGGGAUGGUUGAUGGUCAGGAGACCAAGUUCAUUGCUGAGGGUGAGCCACAUAUUGAUGGCGAUUACGGAGAUUUGAUCAUCAAAAUCCGCACUCAGACCCAUCCAGUCUUUCAACGAGUGGGGGAUGACUUGUACACAAAUAUGACAAUAUCCCUCCAAGAAUCUCUCGUCGGCUUUACAGUACAAUUAACUCAUCUAGACGGCCACAAAGUAACGAUUACGAGAGAAAAAAUAACAAAACCCGGAGCGAGAAUGAAGAAGAAGGGCGAGGGAAUGCCUAAUUACGAUAACAAUAAUCUUUAUGGUACACUCUACAUCACCUUCCAUGUUGAAUUUCCCGAGAUUGACUUUUCGGAGGAGCAGAAAGCAGUCAUCAAGGGACUUGUGUAACAGCCGUCUCCAGGCAGGAUAGACAGUGAUCUGUGUGAUUCACAAAUCUUCAUGGAUCGAAAAUGAUGCUCACGGACAAAAUGCUUAAAGUGCGUCACGUGAUUGAUUAAACAGUGCUAUGAUUUUCAUUGUUCUUUGUAUUUAAUGGCGAUUAUGACUGAAAUGGAAGUCAUCCAGUUUUUUAUAUAAAUUUGCCAUUAGAAAUGAAAAUGUAACAUCGGCAUUAAUAGACAAUUCAAAUUGAAUUCAAAUUGAAUUGAAUAAAAUCUAAGAAUAAUUCUUACACAACAAGGACAAAUCCUUUCUCAUUCCAUUAAAUUAUCCAUUGAACUUUUAUUUAUAUUGAUAUCAAAAUGUAGACGUUUCUUUAUUCGUCUAGUUCGUAAUUUUUCCUUUUUUUUUCAACAUGAAAACAAAAAAUUAUCUUUCUAAUAUUCAUUGUCAACUCGUCCUCAUUGUCCUCAGUUUUUUCACUUAAAAAAAUCAGGUUGGAGAAU